AUGGCGAAUCACGAGGAGCACGAGCGAUGGAUGCGUGAGAUGCAGCUUCGACAGAUUCAAUUUCAACAAGAAGCGCGACGCACUGCCACACCGCGCUUUGGCCCUGCUGUCAACGGCGUGCUUUGGCGCCAAAUCCUCCCAGUGGGAGAUGCUGACAAUAGCCUGCAAACACCCAUCCUCAGCAUCAUCGACUUCCCGCUGAAGCCUGGCAUCGACGUCCGCGAUGAGUCCAGGCCGCCUCGGAAGCUCUUGGAUGCCACAUUGGGCUACAUCAGCUCCAUCCCUGGCUUCUGCGGUGUUGAGUGGGGGCCAAGGCUAGAUGUAGAGGCCGGCCUCGUCUGCUUCAUCUACUGGGACAGCAUCGUCGCUUGGCACAAGUUCCAGCAUUCCCUCGGCUUCACUCCCCUAAUUGGGCUGCUUUCUUCGAGCGUUUCCAACCGCUGUGCGAAAUUCACAGGCAGAAUAUCCGGCGAUGCGGGGCUUGAGGAUGCCGUAGGAGCCAACUCGAUAGUUGAUGUCGUAUCGGUCACUCUCUGUGCCCAGGAUGUGUCGUCGCCGGAACGUCGGUCAGCGUUCGAAGAGAGAUGGAAAAUCUUCAUCGCUUUGGUGAAGCAUGGAGGUAGCCAUGACGGCCUUCGACACUCUCAUGCCGUAUGGCUUGAGAACAAUGCGUCAAUGUUCGCCGAUCCAACCCUGGCUGAGGCUGCGGCUGCGACCAUCUCGGCCACUUUCACCUCAUUCCUCGUCUGGGAUGAAUCACAUUACGACAGCCAUUGCGUCGAGCAUCUGUGUGACAGUCUACAAACGGCACAGUCAUUCUCUCAUAGCAACGAGCCACCUAGCAUCUCAAGAAAAACGGUCCAACUCAUCAACCAAGCCCAACAACAAGCCCAUAAUCCACAGCAACAGCCUGCCGCUCUGCUCACCAACUUGGAGUCUAUUCUCCAAGGCGAUAUCCCACGACAAUGUAACCCUGACCUCUUUAACCUUAGAGAGCAUGCCCGCCAGGUCCUCAACAGCAGCAUCAGCGAUGCAAGAGCAAGGAAACGACUAUUCCCAAUACCAAGUGGCUCUUUUAUAUCCCAAGGCGAGCUGUACGAGGGCAAUACGUCUGUGAUUCCAGAAUGGCGGGGUAUACAGGUGCCCUUGAAUGGCUAUCACUUCGUGGACAUUGUUUGGAUACAACUGAAGCGCCGUUCUGUUAAGACUCAGGGUCCUCGUAUAUGCAACCAGCUCAAGAACGAUAUGGGAGCAUUGCCGGGUUUUGUCAAGGCAUUUUGGGCUCGUGAUGUGGAGGAUGAAACAAAAUUCGCCGUACUUACAGUCUGGGAGGACCAACAUGCACAGGAAGCUGCUUCACAUGACUAUCAUCGGAUAUUGGAUGACUUUGUGGCAUCAUCAGCCAACCUGGCUUCGCCAUUAGCACACCAAGCUUUGCCCAUGGGCCGAAGCUCUGUGGAUUCACCAUGGCUCACCCACGUUCAGUAUCUCGAGUUAACCUGCUUCUAUAUCCCACCAGGCGCGAUCGAACGCCAACUCUUCAGGCAUGCCUAUGGCGCCUUUGCCCAGUUAGUUUUCCCUUUGUCCUUCCCCAGUACUCACGCAACAAUUCAAACUAACGAAACGCCUCUCGGCCAUUGGCGACAAAGAAUGGCGGUGCCUUCACUACAAGGAGGAGUCCCCACCGCGUGCAGAGUUAUUAGCGACGCAGGGGGCUGGCAGCCUGUCGAAGCCACCGACGGCACCGACUCUCAGGUCUUCACAGCGGUGCUGACUUGGAUGAGCCCAGCCGCAAGACUAGAGUGGUACGAGGAGCUAUUCGGGGCCGCACGUUGGUCGUAUGAGUUGUUCGGCCACAGUCUCGAUGCCCUGAAGAUCUUGGCUGCUGGAGGAGUUACGACGCGAUUCCUGGCAUUGCAGGGACAGUAA